AUGGGAAUCGUUAUUAUUUUAUUCUAUGUAAUUAGUUUUGAUCAUCUUGUUUCUUGUUAUCAUGCAGAAAAGAGAGAAAUUUUCCUAGUUGUAAUGGAAGAUGAUGGUGGUGAUGAACUAAGAAGCAACAAAGAAAUGUUGUUAAUAGAAGAUUCACACAAGAAGGUUCUAGAAAACAGUAUAAAAAACUACAGAAAGCUGCAUAGCUUCAAGAAAAUUUUGAAUGGUUUUGCAGUCCACACAACACCAUCAGAAGCUUCAAAGCUCAGAGAAGCCAAUGGAGUGAAAUUGGUUGAGUUAGAUAGAGGAGUGAGGAAAAUGACGACUUAUACCCCUGAGUUUUUAGGGUUAGUGAAGAAUAAUAAUGAUUAUAAAUAUAAUUAUAGUGGUGGUGGGGAUGGGAUUUUGAUUGGGUUUGUGGAUUCUGGGAUUUAUCCAACACAUCCAAGUUUUAGCAAUAACUUUGGUAAAGAAGAUGAUGAUGAGUUGGUUUGUGAAGAAGGUCCUUUAUUUCCAAAAGGUUGUUGCAAUGGGAAGAUAGUGAGUGCUAGGUUUUUCUCUGCUGGGGCUCAGGCUGCUGCAGUGCUUAAUUCUUCUAUUGAUUUCCUAUCUCCAUUUGAUGCUGAAGGCCAUGGAAGCCACGUCGCAUCCAUAGCUGCUGGGAAUGCAGAAGUUCCAGUUAUUGUCGAUGGUUUCUUCUACGGUUUGGCCACUGGGAUUGCGCCACAUGCCCGAAUUGCUGUGUACAAGGCAGUGUAUCCAACCGUAGCAACUCUAACAGAUGUAAUUUCAGCAAUAGAUCAAGCAGUGAUUGAUGGAGUUGAUAUAUUAGCAUUAUCAGUUGGACCAAAUGAACCAUCAGAUGUGGGAUUUACCUUCCUAAGCAUAUAUGACAUUGCCAUAUUAUCUGCUACAAGAGCUGGAAUCCUUGUUGUUCAAGCCGCCGGAAAUAAUGGUCCGGCACGGGCAACUGUUGUCUCUUAUAGCCCUUGGGCCAUCGGCGUCGCAGCUUCCGGCACCGACAGAGUUUAUUCAACCUCACUUCUUCUUGGCAAUGGCCAAAAAGUUGGAGGAGUAGGAAUGUCUGGACCCAGUUUAGGGAGUGAGUUUUUCCUACAUAAGUUGGUAUUGGCUAAGGAUGCAACGAAGCAAAAUGAAACAAAUUAUAACGACAUACCAAGUUACAUUGAAGAAUGCCAACAUCCUGAAGCUUUUGACCCAAAUAUUGUCCAAAACAGCAUAGUCCUUUGCUCUUUCUCACAAGGAUUCCUGAAUGGAACCUCCUCUCUUGCAGCCAUCAUUCACACUGCAAAACAACUCAAGUUCAUGGGUUUUGUUCUCAUUGCAAAUCCAAACUAUGGUGAUUUCAUUGCAGAGCCUAUCCCUUUCAGAGUUCCAGGCAUUCUCGUCCCCAGCGUAUCAGAUACUCAGGUAAUACUGAAGUACUAUGAAGAAAAUACAUGCAAGGAUGAAAGAGGAAUGGUUAGAGAAUUUAAAGGGAAAGCAGGGAUUGGAGAAGGAAGAAUUGCUUCAUUUGGGAACCAAGCACCCACAGUUAGCAGAUUUUCAUCAAGAGGACCAGAUUACAUAAACAUAAAUAGGAGUUUAGCUGAUGUUCUAAAGCCAGAUAUUCUUGCACCUGGUCACCAAAUUUGGGCUGCUUGGAGCCCUCUCAGUGCCUCAGAACCACUAUUAAAGGGAUACCAUUUUGCACUGAUGUCUGGAACAAGUAUGGCAGCACCUCAUAUUGUGGGAAUAGCAGCACUUAUCAAGCAAAAAUAUCCUUCUUGGACUCCUUCCAUGAUAGCUUCUGCUAUGUCCACAACUGCUACAAAGUAUGAUAUGAAUGGAGACCUUAUUCAGGCUGAGGGAUUCAACCUUCAUGCUUUAUAUCCUUCUACUCCCUUCGAUUUCGGCGCUGGGCUCGUUUCUCCGUCCAACGCUUUGGACCCCGGACUCGUCUUCCCAACAGAAUAUGAAGACAAUAUAAACUUCUUGUGCUCUUUACCUGGGGUUGAUCCUGCCGUCGUCAAAAGCGCCACCGGAGGACAAUGUAAUGCCUCUAUCUCACACUCACACCCUGCAGAUCUGAACCUUCCUUCAAUCACAAUAUCAUCACUGGUUGGGCAUCAGGUGGUGCAGAGAAGAGUGAAGAAUGUAGGAGGAAAAGUGGAGACAUAUGUAUGGUCAGUGAUCCCACCAAACGGGACAACAGUCAACAUCAAUCCGCCGGUGUUCACUGUAGCUGCCGAAGAAGUCCAAAACUUGGAAAUACAGAUCAUUGCCACACAUAAAACGGAUCAUUUUACCUUUGGGGAGAUUAUUUUGACAGGAAGUUUAAACCAUAUUGCAAGAAUCCCUUUAUCAAUUUUGGUUGUUUCUGCAUCCUGAGGGUCAGGAUAUAUUGGUUUGUUCCCUUUGAAAGUUUGUUUCUUCUAUACAUCCUUCAUUUAUCCCUCUCUCCAUGUUUUCUUUUGAAAAAGGUGUCAACAUUUUCAAAUAUUAUAAUGCCUGUUAAAAAUUCAA